AUGAGACAUUUUCACGUUAAAGAUAGAGAAAAUAAUAAAUUAAACAAUGAGGAGAAAAUGAUAUUAAAACUUUUUUCCAACGAGUCGGAAUGGAUUAAAAGUAUCGACAACUUUACCUCGGCUAAAAUACAAGAGCGCACUACAGAGGCAACUCGAUAUAUUUUGAGCGAUUUGAAGAGCUACUCAGAUAAAAUACAAGCGGUUGAUGAUGGAGUUCCGAAUCCUAAAAAAUCUGAUAAAUGCCUAGCAUCGCUUGCUUAUGGACUAUUAAAUUCACAAAGAAUUUGUACGAUCGACAAAUCUUGUUACGAGGUAUUAAAAAAUGGUACAAACUAUGGUUACGCUUUGACACAUCGACUGCUUCUCCUUCAAAUGGCCCACUACAGCCGUCAUUGUAGCAUUUUCUCAAAGUCAGAAGAUCGCUACUUCUCCAACAGGUUCUGUUCAAUGUUGUACGUAGAGGCUGAGUUCAUUGCAAUUCAGGAUUUUGAAAAUGGCUUUGUUGAUUUAAUGUUGGAGAUAAUGUGUCUCUGCGGUCUUCACGGCCACGCGCAGUUCCUAAACAGAACUUGGCUUGAGCGGAUCAAACGAUUUCAAACGCCAUACGGUUGCUUCGGUUUGGAUGUGAAAAAGAUGGAAUAUACUUUCAGACAAGAGGCUCUCAGGUGGAAACUAUACCGGAGUAGGGAUUAUGAUACUCUAGAGGGUCUUUGUAAUGAACACGUAACGUCUCUCGCUAUGGCUACGUAUGCUGAGGCAGUAAGGUUUAUUUUAGAGAUCUACUAUUAG